AUGGUCUCCCUCAAUGAAGUAUCGGGGAGUCUUCUCCAUAAACCCACCGAUUCGGCACAUUCCGUAGGCACUCGUACCGACUCACAGUACAAGCCUCUGACGACUUUCAACUUAUCCCACCAACGCUCGUACCAACAGCAAUAUGGCGACAUGUACUUCUUGCGCCUUACGAAAAUCAAGCCUGCCGUGGAGGAGGUAGCCGCCGCUGCCUGGGAACGCACCGUCAUUGGGGACGAGACGGCCAAGCAGGUGGAAAGAGCCCUCGAUGUACGACAGGGCGAACUCUGCUGGGUUGUUGGCACCGUCUAUAUGAAUCUGCAGAACAAACCCAACAUCCUCGAGGAUGUGAGCAAGGAUAGGUGGAUCUCGAAGCCCGACCCGGUGCAUAAAUACUUCAAGGAGGACGAGACCGAGGAGAUCAUGCUUGAGGAUGACUCUGGCCGUGUCCGACUCGUCGGCGAUAUUCUUCACAAGAUUGGAUUGGCAACGGGCUGUAUUAUGGCGGUCAUGGGCACGGAAAAUUCCAACGGCGAGUUCGAAGUUAUCGAUGUCAAAUUCCCCGAUUUGCCUCCGCAGCCUGAGCGAUGGGCUCUGUCAGGCCAACCAGUGACGCAAGGGAAUGGAGUGAAGAAAGUAAAGGACGAGGAUCAGGAGAUGUCAGGACAGACUGGAGGCAAGAGGAAGAAGGUGGCCAUCGUUUCAGGCUUGGCGUUCUCGGGGUCGGACGCAUCUUAUGCUCUCGAACUUGAACUUCUCUUGGAAUUUCUUCUUGGCGAAGUUCUCAGUCCUGAUGCCCAGUCUGAACUAUCUGAGAUCAGUCGGCUCAUUGUGGCUGGAAAUUCCAUCUCCGAGAGCGACGUAAAACCCGUCACGGAGGAAGAGAACAAGAACAAGAAAUACGGAUAUGAUGCCAGCGCAUACAACGCCGUUCCUUCACAGCUAUUCGACGAGUUCCUCGCCGAGAUCUUAGCAUCGAUACCCGUGACGCUUAUGCCUGGGCCCCAGGAUCCCGCAAAUUCUAGCUAUCCACAGCAGCCAACUCACCCAGCGAUGUUUCCCAACGCCAGAGAGUAUACAAACCCCCCAGGCUCGAAGGAGCCUGGCUGGCUGGAUAUUGUUACAAACCCCUGGGAGGGAGAGAUUGAUGGCUGGAGGGUAUUAGGUACUGGAGGGCAGAAUGUUGACGAUGUUUACAAGUACGUCAACAGCGAAGAUCGACUGGGAAUGAUGGAGGCCAUGUGCCGAUGGAGGUGCUGCGCACCAACAGCCCCUGAUACACUUUGGAGUUAUCCAUUCCAGGACGACGAUCCGUUCGUAUUAAAGGACUGCCCGCACCUUUACUUUGUUGGCUGCCAGCCUGAAUUCGGGACCAAGGUCGUUAGCGGACCGACUGGCCAGUCCGUACGGCUGAUUACAGUGCCAUCUUUUGCUGCCACCAAAGAGAUUGUGCUGGUUGAUACAGAAACACUGGAGGUUACCAAAGUCAAAAUCAUGACAGCGUAG